GAUGCAAUGUGUGCGUUGUUAUAUUGUUUGACAUAUAUUCUUUUAUUUAAAAAAUGUAUUUGUGUGUACCGAUUUCAAAAUAUUCCCAUAAACAACGAAAUCGGGGGUGUUUUGGAAACCUAUUUAAAACCAAUAAGCAAACUUUCAGAACUAUUUCCUAAUCAACAAGUGGAAGUACAGUUAGAAUUUGAUGGCUCAAAUUAUAUACCAAAGCGAUAUCUACGACAAAGUGAUACCAGUGUUUUGCCUUCGAGCUCUACAAUUAUAACCACUCCUACCAAUCUAGAAACUUCAACGAAUUCAGCGGUCAAAGACAGACCCGUGUACAUGAGCGAUUUAAAGAAAGUUUUUGAUGACUUUGAAAAGAAACAUACAAAGUUUCAUGAUGACAUCAAGCAGGUGCCCUUUGUUAACAUUAAACAAACGGUGGGGAAUCUAAAUGAUUUAUUAGGAUUAUUAAGAAAAGGUGUUCAAGUGGAAAAGGGAAUUGGUAAACCAACCGGUGAAAAUAUGAGCUGGUUUCAAAUAAAAAUACCAAUAAAUUAAUACAAAGUUAC